AUACUAGCCAUUUUUCUUCCUCCUUCUUCGUAACCUCUCUCACUGCCACAAGCAAAGGACUGAGUACUUAAGACGGUGCGUUGUAGGUUCGGAGUGGCUCUCUGAAUCUCAGAUCUGGAAGCUUCUUUGCUUGAACUUGUUGGAGUUUGGUAAUGGAGAAUUUGAUCUACUUACAGAAAUAGUAAGUAACUGUAGAGAGAGUAAUUGGAAUUUGGAAAUGGCGACUUACACUGAAUUUCAUCAGCCUGAUAUAGCUUCAGACCGUCAACACUCCCAGGACGUAUCUAUCUCUCAAAUUUUGGAUCAUGGUUCGAUAUCCUUUGGAAGAUUUGCUGUAGAAUCACUGGCAUGGGAAAAAUGGUCUGUUUUUCGGCACAACAGGUGUCAGGAGGAGCUUGAAAUGUACAAGUCCAAUGGAUUGGUUGCCCAAAAGAAGGCCUACUUCGAAGACUAUUACAAAAGAGUUAGAGGUCUUAAGGCAUUGGAAGUGCAGCACCAAGAAACCACCCAACCUGAUCCUUGCCCGGAUGUGAAGAUUAACACCAUGCAACUGGUUUAUGAGAAUUGUCAUGACUUGUCCAAACAGAAAACGUGCGGAAAUGAUACAGUUGCUAAUUCAGAUUCGUCAUUGGGUACCAUAGUGGAUAAACCGAGACAAGCUAAGCAACAACCAUUGAAUGACUGUAAUGACAAUACGGAUAAGGUUAUCAUGGCAGAUGAAGCCAAUAAUACUUUAUCUAAUGUUGAACCAGAACAAGCUAGAAUUGAUGCUUCCUUAUCAUCCACUCCAUCAGUCACUAGUAGCUCCAGAGCUGCCCAGCAUGAUAGCCUUGUCUCUGACGCUGACAAGCCAAAGAAACACGCACCUCCUGUAUUAAAGGCUAAGGUUAAUGCUGCUUUACCUCGAAACAAAUCAAAGUUGGACUGCAGAAUUACUAAAGAUUCUGUUAUGUCAUUGGAGAAGUCAAAACCACGCCCACUGCAUAUUACUUCCAAAAGGGAUAACCAUCUUCUUCCUAGCAAGUGCAACACUCGUGGGGCUGCCAGCAAGAAUAAUUCCAACCAUGUUUCGUCACGUAAAAAACUUACUGAAGUUUGCUCCAGUGCCACUGUUCCUCAUCCGUCGUCAACAAGAAGUAGAUUGGUGCCAUCUUAUCCUAGUGGUAGAAGUGAUCCAGAAAAGGCAAAUUCAAAUGAAAAAAAAUUGGUUGAUAGGUUACCAACAAAUCUACCAGUUCAUGCACGAUCUGUCCAGAAUACAUCAAAUGAAAAGUCCAUUGCUUGUGGCUUUAAGAACAUGGCUGUAGAGAAACGGAGCUGUAUUGGAGUUUCUAGAAAGCCUACAGAUUUGGGAAAUCAACAGAUGCGACGGAAGGUUGGCCAAUCUGAGAAUCAAAGACCAAAAUCCAUGUUUACGAAUAAUCCCGCUCGUGUUAACUCUGAGCGCAAGAAUUAUGGAAAGGAAAGAAAAGAGAAAGAGGGAAAAGAGGAAAAUAAUGCUGCAAACCGAAGAUAUCCAAAGCCCACCUCAACUGCGACAUCCAGUGUUCAUAAGAAUGUAAAAGUGGUGCAUAAGAUUGCAGAAUUGAAGUCUGGAAUCCUCCCACGUGCUUGAAGGGAACUGAGGAUAAGGUUAUUGUGCAGACUGAAAAUGCCAAGCUCGGUCCACAUCCCCUAUGAAAUCAAUGGGGCCUGUGCAACAGGAAGAAUGUGCCGUCACAUUUAUAAUGUGGCAAAGUUUGCAAAAACAGGGAAGGACCAGUGGAAUAGAUCGAAUGUUCACCUGGAGAGGUCAAUGGAAAGCCCCAAUGGAAUGUCAGAUACAUUAGCCUCAUAGUACGCAACUGAAAGAGUUACUUGAUAAGAAAAUCAUGUUUUGUUUUCAUUUCGAAGGCUGUCAUCAGAUGAGGCGCUGAAGUUUAGAAAGUUUAUUUUAGAUUUGAAGCAAGAAUAUGUAUACUUGCGAGAAAAGUAACUGCACGUAUACCUUAAGCUUUCGGAGAACAACUGAAUGUAAAUUAAUGGAGCUAUAUAUAACAGAAUGACGAUGCCUUCUGCUGAACUCAA